AAGGCAAAGGAUCUAAAAUAAAGAUAGAAGAAUCUUUUCGUCUAAGAAGGAAGAAAUUAUCUUUACUUAUACUUCGAAAGGCUCGCUCGAAUGUCGUUCAUCUUAAUGGAAGCACUCGAGUCAUUAAUGGUCUAAUUAACUUCUCCCAUUGAACCCCAUUGAUCGAGGCACAGAACGAUCCUCUUGUUAUUUAACCAACAUCGAUCAUCAGCAAAUAAAACUUCGAAUUGUUGAGAAAAAUUUGUUGAGAAACUUUUCGAAGGGAUGAAAGCGGAUAUAAUAAUAAUCAUUUUUUUCGAAACGGUCCUCGAUCGGUCGUCGUGAAGCAAUCGGUAAAGUAGAGAAAUCUAUUCUUCUUGAUUAGAGAUCUCGAACGCUGUCCACAAGAUGAAAGAAGAGAGAAGAUAGUCGGCUACAUGUUGUCCCGAUUCAUUCGAGAUCUUUCAGUGGAUAGUGCCGUGGAAGAAAGAGGAAAGAAGAAGAAGAAGAAGGGGGAGGAUUCUGGUGUGCCGGUUUUGUGACCGUUCGGUCAGCGGGCCUUGGAGAAGUCCCGCGACGGUUCCUACUACAAAGUGGUCACAAUCGAGGCCGGUGAACGUAAUGUGACCCAGAUAGGUGAAGAGAUGAUGACGGUGACUCCGUCCACCUCCGAUGUCGCUGACAAGGCAGUGUCCACGGACGAUGGUGGAAGUGGUAUGGAGGUGGCACGUCUCGAAGCCGUCCUCGCCGCCCUGGUGGAGACGAAGGUGGAGGCGAUCAAAGCAUCCUCGGCUUUGGGCAAGCGUUCUGGUAGCGCGCCGGCCAGCCCUCGCCGGCUCAGACUCACCUCGACAUCGACCGCCUCCUCCUCCCUUAAUCACCAACAUCGAAGGAAGAGUCAUCAUCAUCAUCAUCACCAUCACCAUCAUCACCACCAUCAUCGUAGGAGGCACGACUCGGCGCCGUGCAACGACUUCAUCGAUGACGCCACCGAUCAUCGGCACAAUGAGCAUCAUGGUAAAACACGGCGGAGGGCGUCAGAAAGUCCACGACGUCCAAAAAAAAAGCGCAAACACUCGAAAAGUCCGCACAUCCUUCACGGUGUAAUCCAAGACGUCCCAACCGGUCUUGAUUCACGUUUAGAACUUUUUGGGAUGGAUGGUGAUCAAGAUCUCGCAUUGAUAAACUUUGAAAGGACUCGAGAAACUCUCAGCGAUUCCUGUGAAUAUCCACAGUUGCACCGAAGUGCCUCAUAUUUUCCCCAAAAUACUGCUCAAUUAAAAAUCCACUAUGACGACGACGAUUACGUGGCGUUGAACAUAGCGGAUGAGCUGGAAGAAGAGGAGAUCUUGAGCGGUACUGAGAAGAUCGAGGCACCUCGGGAGAAGUAUCACCGGCCACGUAGAAAGAGGAAGCGGAAACGGCGCAAAAUUAACAAUACCGGUCCUCAAGAAGAGCUCGUCGAUCCUGAAGAACUUCCACCACGGGCGCGUUGGACGAUCGUGGCCACAGCUUGCCUCCUUCUCACCAUGUCUUUGCUCUUGGUCGGGGUUACCCUCAGAAUGGCGCCAAUCAUCGACGACAUGGUGCGCAGAGAAAACGAGGAGCUGUUGAAUUCCCUCAACAGAGUCUUCGUAACUGAAAACUCAACAAUGACACUCUGAAGAAACUGUUUUCUAAGAAAGACGAGUGGCCUGUUUUGAUGCGUCUUUCGAAGAAGUUUGAAAUUGAGGCAAGAAGCAA